AUGUCUUUAACUCUGGGAAAGAGGGUAGAUGCCCUUUAAAAAAAAACCUGGCUUCAAUCGAGAUAAAGCUGUUUUCUGCUGCAAGGGGGAAUAUAUCUCGCAUCUGCCUUUGACAAGAUUUGACAAUUGGCGGGGUGAACAUGGCUACUUCCAAAGAGAAUCCUAAAGUUUUGUCAUUCUUUGCACCAUGGAUGCACGUUUUACACGUGGGAAGUCUGCUAUCCUGGAACGGUCGCUCACCCGACCCAAGACAGAUGUCAGCCUCAGUGCCUUUUCACUCUUGUUUUCUGAGAUUGUGCAGUACUGCCAGAACAGGGUCUACUCUGUUUCUGAGCUUCAGAACAAACUCUCAGAGCUAGGUCAGCAAGUGGGAGCCCGUAUCUUGGAUGUGCUGGUGAUGCGAGAAAAAAAUGGCAAGCGAGAAACCAAAGUCAUCAACAUCCUGUUGUUCAUCAAGGUGACUGUAUGGAAGGCUCUGUUUGGGAAGGAGGCUGACAAGCUGGAGCAAGCCAAUGAUGAUGACAAGACCUACUACAUCAUCGAGAAGGAACCUCUCAUCAAUACUUACAUUUCAGUUCCCAAGGAAAACAGCACACUCAAUUGUGCCUCCUUUACGGCUGGCAUUGUGGAGGCCAUGCUUACUUGCAGUGGCUUCCCUGCCAAAGUCACAGCCCACUGGCAUAAGGGUACUACCCUCAUGAUCAAAUUUGAUGAGUCGGUUAUAGCACGUGACAAAGCCUUGGAUGGCCGUUGACUUCCUUUUACAUGAAUUUAUUUGAACUGUUACUCUAUACAUGUACUUUACCGGUGUUCUGAUAUAACUACCCUGAUCGUGCUUGGGCAUUGUGAGAAAACAAGCAGUCUCCAUCAGAAUAAGUGAUCUUGUUUCAUUCACUGAUGCUGAAUAUUUCUAUAGCAUUUAUACUGAUUACUUAGGACCACUUGUGCUUCUAGAAAUCUACUCCAAAUCUGCUCUUUAACUUUUGACAGAGUCUGAGAAUUGAAGAGGGAAUAAAAUACAUUGUUUUCCUUGUCAAGAAACAUCUCUUCUAAGCAGGGCUAAAUUAUGUGAGAUUUAAUUUAAGACAUUCCUCUUUACUGUUGUCUUGCAUUUCAAUUGCUUUUGAUUUUGUUACUGUCCUACAACUGAAGUUGCCACUAGAAUAUAGUAAUAUAAAGUGUAUGUUGUUGAGAGGUCAGCUUUGGAAUGAACUGAAAUUCUACUGUUGCUUCUUAGCUAGUCAUUAUCUGGAAUUAUUCAGCAUUAUAAUGUAUUUGCUAUCUUGCCUGUCAGGUUCAGCAAAGCAGAUACAAAUGAUAUAAGCAAUUUGUUUUAGAGCUGAUGAGGCUUGCAAGCCAAAUACUUUGCAUAAAAUGUUCAAGGACAGGUAAAACAUCAGAAAAAGCAAAAGCUAUGUCUAUUUCUGUUUCUGCUCUAGAGACAAAAAGGCAACAGAAGUUUAAAUCUAGUGCUUGCUUUAACUUGAAAACUUCAAAGUAAAGGGUUUCUGAAUGUUGCUGUUAUGGAGAUUACCUUUUAAUACAGUCGGCCGUUUCCUUAGCCAUUUUCUGCUAUUCUUGUUGAAAAGAGGAGGAUGUGGUGCAUUUCGCACCUCUCUUUUUGAUUUUAGGAAAAAAGAAUUCAAGAACCAGGAACAUAGAUUGCAUUUGAACACAUUACAUAAAAUCAUCUUAAUGAUCCCCAUUAACCCAAGACAGCAUGGCCAAUGAUCACUUUGAGGAAGACUGUGCUAAUCCAGGGGUUAGCAUUAAGUAUGAAUUCUCUGUACUAUUUUUGCAGGAUUUUUCUUUAAUCCAGUUUGAAAAUGUUACAUUAAAAAGACUCUUAAAGACUUUGAAGAAUUAGUUUACCCAGUGAAUAUAUAUGAUAAAAUGCCUGUCAGGGUGCAUUUUUUCCCUUCUAAAAUUGACUAUUCAUUUAGUGAACUUUACCCGUGUCAUUCCUGUUCUGUAUAUGAUCUAUCAUGUAUGACUGAAACAGUAUUAGUGCUCUGUCCAAAGGGACUAUGUGAUGGAAAAUUCUGUUGACACAUUUAGUUUAUAUCCAUGUGUAUAGGGACAUAAGUGAGUUUGGUAUAUGGUUAGCACUGUGUUUUAUCUUUUUUGAGAAUGAACCUUUCCUUUUUCUCAAAAUAUCUCUUAUGUAUUAAGCAAGGUUUAAUUACACAGGUAUAAAAUCUCUGUGUGAGAAUUUGUUCCAAACAAUCUUUUGAUUUAGCUAGUUGCCAUUCGUCUUUAGUAGAAAGCAAUCCAGAAAGUAAAAUUAUGACCUGAGCUGCAUCCUACAGUUUCUUUAUCAUUCAUAAAUGGAUUAUCUUCCAUUAUGGACCCUCUACCUUGCUGUGCAAUAAUUGGCUCCCAGCAAUUCAGACUGAGAACUAGAAAGGAGAUGGUAGAAUUCAGGUAAUAGGAAAAAUGGGCCUUGGGGUACUUUCCCCUACCUUUCUGCCAGUGGUUUCGUGGGACAUGCUACAUGAAAGCACAUAAACCAAGUGUUUAUAGAAAUUCAGGUAAGGUUAAAAACAUUUUGAUCAUGUAAUAAAGUUUCUUUUGAGUCUGAAAUAUCUAGAUAGCUUAGGGUGUAUUAUGGAAACAUUUUCAAAACCAUUUAUCUUUGCUAAUGUUGUAUCACAUCAAAACUCUUCUUGGAGAAAGAUCCUUAAGUUGAUUUUUUUUGCACAGGUGAGAAGUUUUGGGAGAGCUGUAGCUGACCUUUCAAUUCCUAGAGAAAAACCAAUAUGAUUCCCAAAAGGAGCUACUAUCAGUAAAACUCGGAGUCUUGUAUAUGCAUGUCAGUCAACCCCAAGUAAUACUGAGUGACUCCACUGAAGCAAUCGCCCCAUUCCUGUCAUGCAGUUCAUCAUGAAAUGACUACAAGUAAACUUACACUCUUUUUUGCAUGCCUAUUUGGAACCAAGAUAUACAUAGUAUUACAGACUUUGAGAGGGCAAUCUUACGCAUAUUUUGACAGAAGUCCUACAACUCUCAGCACAGGGAGUAAGAUUUAUUUCUGUCUAAACAGGCAUAGGAUUAAACCCUUACUUAUAUAUAACAUUGUCUAUUCAUUGCUUUUGGACUCAUUGUAAGGGUAGCCUUUGUUCACCCAUCAGAGCCAGAAGCUUUCUUGUCAUAAAAGAAACAGUUUUUUCUAUAAUACCAUGUUAAUCCAACAACUAAAAUGUGAGAGGAGAAAGGGCUUUGCUUAGAUCAGCGAUCUGAAAGAUACAACACUCCAGAUGUUAAUGGACUGCACCUUCCAUCUUUCCUUAUGCUUGGCUGUGUAGCUUAGAGUUGAUGGAAGCUGCAGUCCUCCAGCUGACAUUCCCCACCACUGCUUUAAACAGUUAAUUAAACAGUCUCCAUGGAACAAAAGCUGCUUCUGAGUGAUGAUUGGUACUUGAAAACGAGUGCUUGUGUAUAAAUUACAUGCAUAUAACUUUAGUUAUGAUGGUCACACAGAUAUAUAAAAUGGAAUGCCAGUCCUUUCCUCUUCCUGGCUGUGAAAUGUGUAGGUAUAAUUGUUGGAGAAAAUAAAUACCUUCCUAAGUGCA